AUGAAGCUCACCGACUUUCUCCUCGCCAGCAUUGCCUGUGCGUCUGUCUCUGCAUCGCCAUGCAGCAAUGCAUCUCCAAUGCAGGUCCAUCUGGCUUAUGCAGGAUCAACCGGCAUGACUGUCAGCUGGAAUACAUACUCCAAGCUGCAGCAUCCCCUCGUUCGGUUUGGUAAUCAUCCAGAUGCUCUCGUCCAUGAGGCUUCUUCUGAUGUGUCCGUGACUUAUCCCACCUCCACUACCUACAAUAAUCACGUUAAAAUCACCGGUCUCAAGCCUGAUACGCUGUACUAUUACCAGCCACAAUGUGGAAACGCCAGCCAGAUCUACACGAUGAAGACUGCCCGUGAGGCUGGUGACAAGACCCCCUUCACCGUUGCUGUCGGUGGUGACAUGGGCUUGAUGGGCCGUGAUGGAUUGACCACAUCGACUGGGCCAAACGGAGGCAAGGCCCCGUUGGCACCUGGCGAUAAUAACACCAUUCAGUCGUUGCAAUCGAUGAAGGCGCAAUGGGACUUUUUUUGGCAUCCUGGUGACAUUGCCUAUGCCGACUACUGGCUCAAGGAAGAAGCACAGGACUUUUUGCCUUCGAAUUACACGGUCGCUGAUGGUCAGAGGCUGUAUGAAACAUUCUUGAAUGAGUAUUUUGAUGAAAUGACUGCUUUGACCGUUGAUCGUCCGUAUAUGGUUGGACCGGGCAAUCACGACUCCAACUGCGACAAUGGAGGCACAACCGACCACGGCGUCUCGUACAACAUCAGCAUCUGCCCGAUCGGCCAGACCAACUUCACCGGUUUUCAGAACCACUAUCGCAUGCCCAGCAAUGAAUCUGGUGGUGUUGGCAACUUCUGGUACUCGUUCGACCACGGCAUGGUCCAUUUCAUCCAGCUCAACACCGAGACAGACCUUGGUAAUGGCUUCACUGGCCCUGAUGAGCCAGGUCAAUCUGAGGGCAUGAACUCUGGACCAUUCGGAUCGUAUCCGAAUCAGCAGCUGGACUGGUUGAAGAAGGAUCUACAAAGUGUGGAUCGUACCAAGACUCCUUGGGUUAUCGCUGCCGUCCAUCGUCCCUGGUACGUGAGUGCCAAAAACAUCAGCUCCACGAUCUGCACCGCCUGCAAAGACGUCUUCGAACCACUCCUCGUCGAACACAGCGUCGACCUCGUCAUCCAAGCCCACACCCACUACUACGAGCGCAACCAGCCCUUGAACAACACCGUCAUCGACCCAGCUGGACUGAAUAACCCCAAGUCUCCAUGGUACAUCACGACUGCUGCUGCGGGGCACUACGAUGGGCUGGAUAGUCUGGUCUACCCCCUUCAGCCGUAUGUAGCGUAUGCCCAGGAUACGGCGUAUGGAUGGAGUAAAAUCAGCUUUCAUAAUUGCUCGCAUAUGACACAUGAGUUUGUGGCGAGUCGGAAUAAUACAGUGCUGGAUACGGCGACGCUGUUCAAGGAUCGGGUUUGUUGAUCGAUUAUUUGAAGAUCUGAUGGCUAUAGUUAUCGCUGGAAUGUACCUACCCGAUAGUG